AUGAGUUUCAGAUUUCUACAUACUACAAAAUUAUUAAAACAUGAAAAUCCAUUAGGAUUACCUAAACAAAGCAAAAAUCUACCGAUAAAACAAAGAAUUGCUAAUGUGAAUAAUAUAAUCUUGGUUUCUUCAGCUAAAGGUGGUGUUGGAAAAUCUACAGUUUCAAUAAAUACAGCAUUAGCUUUAAAUCACCUUGGGAAAAGAAGUGGUAUAUUAGAUGCAGAUAUAUUUGGUCCCUCAAUUCCAAAAUUAAUGAAUUUAAAAGGAGAGUCAAGACUUAGCAAUACUGGUAAAUUACUUCCUAUGUCAAAUUAUGGAAUUCAAUCAAUGUCUAUGGGUUAUUUAGUUGGUGAUUCUCAACCUAUUGUAUGGAGAGGUCUAAUGGUAAUGAAAGCAUUACAACAGUUAUUAUUUGAUGUGGAAUGGGCUCCGUUAGAUUAUUUAGUUAUUGAUAUGCCUCCAGGUACUGGUGAUACUCAAUUAUCAAUAGGUCAGUUAUUAAAAAUUGAUGGUGCGAUAAUUGUAAGUACUCCUCAGGAUAUUGCAAUGAUUGAUGCUGUUAAAGGUAUUGUAAUGUUCAAUAAGGUGAAUAUACCCAUUAUUGGUCUUGUUGAAAAUAUGUCUUAUUUUAAAUGUCCAAAUUGUAACCAUGAAUCACAUAUUUUUAAACCUGGUAAUUUAAGAAUGGAAAAAUAUGGGUUGGAGACUGUUGCUUCAAUUCCAUUGAAUGAAGAAAUUUGUUUACAAUCAGAUAAAGGUAAACCAGUGCUUGUUUCAAAACCAGAUCUGGAAAUUUCAAAACCAUAUUUGGAAAUAGCUAGAUCAAUUAUAAACUUUAAGAAAUAA